AUGACGCUACGCACGCGGCUGUGGAGGGCAGUGCUGGCGUUUUGGCGUUUCUGUGGGGAACUCCUUAGCCAGAAGCAUGGGGUUGUAGAGUCAAUAGGGGACGGCUUUGCUUGGUGGGGGGGUCUUUGUUUCCGGCACCCGCUGAAAAUCAUCUGUGGGUCCCUCGUUGCGUGCCUCAUUCUUUCCACUGGGCUUUUGCCCCCUACCCCCAUUUGGAUUGACGGCGCCGAGCGGCUCUACACGCUACCUUUUUCUCGAGCUCGGGAUGACGGAGUGCUCCACGAAAGUCUGUUUGGAGAUGUGCACGGGCGGAAGAGUGUGGUGAUUCUUACCCACAAGGUCAAAGGCACGAACAUCCUUACAUGGCAGCACCUGGAGGAGGUGCGGCGCAUAGACUCGAUCAUUCAAGGCAAAGACACCGACCCUGAAAUGGGACGAAAGCUCGUCAUUCCCCGCUCCCCCGAUGUCAUUUCCAACGUCAGUAAAAAUAGCCAGGAAGGAGCAGAAGGUCUGGCGCCGGGGCAGCACAGCGUGACUGACGAGUCAGCCUUCCUUACCUUUGAAGAUGUGUGUCUGCGAAACGCACUGGGUGGCUGCUCUGCUGAAUCGGUUUUGUCUUUCGGACUAGCAGACUACAAAGCAGCGGGCCUGGUGCAGGGGGAGCCGGAAGUGUGGCUUUUUGGUGGCACUGCAUUCAACGUACAGCAAGUGGCAUUCAUUCCGGAGUACUACUUGGGUGGUUUCACAAAGGAGGCGUGUGAGAGACGGAUGCCUCGUGCAGUGGCCGAGAGGCUCCUGCCCCCAUCAGCCAUAAGGGAACUACCCAUCCCAGAAGAUGCAUUUGUUUUGGGAUCUAUUGAAUGCAUCACUUCUGCCAGUGCGCUGAUGCUGCAUUAUGACGCCGACGGGCGACCCAUGCACGAAGAGAGAAACGCCACUUGGGAGCGAUUGCUCAUUCAGGUCCUCAAGGCAAACCAAACGCUGGGCAGUCUUCGAGCCUAUUUUCAGGCGUUUCGGUCGCGAGAUGACGAGCUCAAAGCCUCUACUGCGGAAUCCAAGGAUGUGGUCUACGUGGUCUUCACAUUCUUUCUCCUCGCCAGCUACUCCACAGCCCUCAACUUCUCGUGCGACUUGUACCGCUCCAAGCUGUUCAGCUCGCUCAUGGGGUUCUUCGCAGCUUUCAUGGGGUUGGGGGCCGGCAUGGGCAUUGUGUGUUACAUGAAAGUGGCAAUGGUGCCCACAGUGCUUAUCUGCCCCUUUUUAGUUCUCGGAAUCGGCGUAGAUGAUGUUUUUGUGCUGUUGAAUGCAUACUGCAUGGGGUACACAACCCAUGACCCAGAGCAGAGAUGCAUUGAUACGCUCAAGACAUCCGGUCUAGGAAUCACAAUCACAACUCUUACGAAUCUCAUUUCCUUCGGUGUUGGUUCCUUUAGCACCUAUCUGUCGAUUCGGAACUUUUGUGUGUACAGUGCGAUGGCUUUGCUGCUGGGUUAUAUCUUUGUUUUGACAUUUUUCUUUCCUGUUCUCUGCCUUGAUGCAAAACGAGAGUUCUACUUUCGAAUUUCCCCCUUCUGCUUGCCCACAACGUCGCAACUUCAUAAGAAGCUGGAAGAUGAGAAAGCUCACAUGGGCCCUGCUGAACUGCACGUUCACAACGUCUUGAAGUCAGUUUCCCAGGAAGAAAUCGUUGCUUAUAGAGUCAAUGUCUUCUUUGAAGAGCAAGAACUGCGAAAACGAAUGAGGAGGGAAGAGCGCGAGGGCCGAAAGGGGGGGCAGAACGCAGAGGAGUAUAUAGCGAGGAAGUCUCUCUUAGUCCGCGCAGUCUCCUCCGUAAAGAGGUUCUUGAAAUAUGCAGCCUCCCAGCACUUGCAUGUGAAGCAUAAGGGGGAGGAGGUGGUGCUGAGGACAACUGUGCGCGGUCUCAACCCCCAACUGGCAAGGCAUGCGCUCUACGAUGAGCCACGAGGCUCCGUGGGGCGUCGGUGGAGGACGUUUUUCCUGUGCUACUACGGGCCCUUUUUAAUGAAAAAGCCUGUGAAGAUUGCUGUCCUAGUGAUCUUCCUCACCAUUGCGGCAGUGAGCAUUUUCGGCUUUUCCAAGCUCGAGUUGGGGCUUGAAAUAUCUGAACUAGCCCCCGUAACGUCGUACAUGCGGCGUUUCGACGAAGUGUACGCAGAGUACUUUAACAAAUUCGAUCAACCAACCGACAUCUUCUUUCUUCCGACUCUUCCUGCCGUUCGUGAGCACCCUCCGCAAGACCGAACCGCCGAUGUUGAUUUACUAGACCCUGAUGAGUUCCUCGGGAGGGGUCCUAAUUCAGAGAUAUCUGAGCAGAAACAGCAGCAACUUCAAACUCCCCAGUGGUGGAAACCCGAAGUGCAAGCAGCUUUGCGCUUAGCGCAUCACCGCAUAUCUUCGCGGCCUUCCACCUCUCGGCUCAUCAACCCCUUGUUGGCUAUGCUUGAUGAUCCGGAAAUAGGGCCAAAGCUCAGGCAGGGAGAUAAACAGGCAAGCAGCUUGCAACGGAAACCCGUGCUGAUUUUCCUGGAUACUCUCUACUACCAGCUUAUGCAGGCGGGCUCUCCCUAUCGUCAGUUUGCGCUGGACUUUGUGUGGAGUGGUUCUGAGCUCAAGACAUACCGCAUGCGCUUAUUGCCAAAGUAUAUGGCACGGUCAGAGCAGAGGGCGUUCUGGAUGCAACAGCUUCGGCAAGAUUGCGACGCAAUGAUAGAUCCGGAGACUCUCCUGGACAGCAUGUUGAAGGAGGUGGAACAACAAGAACUCUCUGACGACCCCGAAAUUCUCUACGAACAGAUGCAAAUGCAACGAGAUCUCGAGAUGCUUAAAAAUGCACCAAUGGCUCCCCUCAAAAUCGCCUCCUAUACUUACAUGAUGGUGUUUUAUGAGAGCGACCUCGGCAUCUUAAGCUCCGUUCUCGUCAACAUGCUGUCUGCAGGGGUGGCAAUGCUGCUGGUAGCAUUUAUUCUUAUUCCAGAGCUUAGCGCAGGCCUGUUGGUGAUUAUGAUGAUUUGCCUCAUCGACUUGGCGCUAUUCGGCUUUAUGUAUUUCUGGCAGGUGAAGCUCCACAUGGUGUCGACGAUUGCUCUGGUCAUUUCAAUUGGAUUUGCAGUGGACUACUCAGCACACAUGUGUCACUGCUUCACCCACUGCCUAGGGAAGACUCGCAAUCAAAGGCAUGUGCACACCAUGGGUCCUCAAAGUAGUAAAUUUAAUUAA